CUACAGAAAUCCAGUGAGCUUCAGACUUCAGUUGAAGACUUUACCAGAAGAUUUCAGCUCUGAACUUCCCACAGACACACAGAGACUCCAGCAGGUCUCCUCAUUAACUUUUCUAAGAUGGCGACAUUUUUGAUGUACCUGAAGCAGCCGAACUGCAUCUACAUAUAUGCGUAUCUAUGGCUGGCAGCCCUUGUUGUGGUAAAUGCAGAGGAAAUGUUACAACCCAAACCCGAUGAGACUGGGACUUUGAAUAAAGAAACUGUCAGACCUCAUGUCUUCACACCCAGACGAAUUAUGAAGACCCGAGCCCUGCCUUUAGAGACAAUAGAAGUGGCAGCCCUAGGAAGACCUCUGUUUCCUGGUACACUGUAUGACUGCCGCAGAGAUUCCUUCAUUCCAGGUGUUACUCUGUGGGAUAAGAAAUCACUGAGUGAAGAUUUGGACAGUCGUCCACAACCCCUGACAAAUUUGAAGUUCAGUAGCUCUGACUCAAUCUCAAGUAAAUUCAGUCUCCUGGAUGUAAGCUCUUCCCUGAAGACCAGUUUCUUGGGGGGGCUCAUGGAGGUGGGAGGAUCUGCCAAGUUCCUGCGUGACACCAAAUCCUCAAACCAACAGUCCAGAGUUACAAUGUAUUACAGUGAAACCACAAGAUAUGAACAGCUCACUAUGAGCCAUCUGGGCCAGAUCACCUACCCUCAGGUGUUUGAUCAGAAAACUGCAACUCAUGUGGUCGUUUCUGUGCUGUACGGAGCUCAGGCAUUCAUGGUGUUUGAUCGGAAGUUUUCAGAAGAGGAAGACAAGCUGGUGAUUGAGCAAGAACUGAAUGUCAUGGUUACAAAGAUCCAGAAAUUAUCCACUGAGUCAGAUACAGCUUUUCAUAUGUCCGACGCUGAAAAGAAAAUGGCAGAGAAGAUCACCUGCACAUUUCACGGUGACAUCCGCCUUGAGCAGAACCCUACCACAUACAUGGAGGCCUUGAGUUUGUACAAGAAGCUCCCCACUCUGCUGAGGGAGAAUACACAGAAUGCAGUUCCAAUAAAAGCCUGGCUCCAUCCUCUCUAUCUUUUGAAUGCGACAGCAGCUCAGGUAGAGAGAGAAAUCAGUACAAGAGUGGCUUUUGAAACUGAAGCUAUAAUUGAGGAGCUGGGAGAGGCAGAGAGGACAUCCAAUGACCUGUCAAGAAACACGCUGGUUAAUAGUUUCAAAGACAUUAAAGAGAGGCUGCACUCAUUUCAUAGCUCGUUUAGCAUUUACAAGUCAAUGCUACUGAAAGCAGUCAAGAGGGUCUUGCCUGCUAUUCGAGGAGGAGAGAUGGAGGAGAAGUCUCUGGAAGACAUCCUGAAGAUCCACAGAAGCUCCCCAUUCAAUGCUGAUAUGCUUAACCAGUGGUUAAAUGAUGCAAAGUCUGAACUUGACCUCUUGAGUUCUGUUACCAAGCCACUGGAAGGGAUCAACAUUGAAGGCUCAGACCGUCUCAACACCAUCCUUCUUAAUCCUGAUAUUGUUGGAGUGCUGUGCUUGACCUUCACAUCUCUGAACUAUGAAGACCCAUAUCUUUCAGCCUUGAAGGAUUUCCUGAGAACUGACAAAUUUAAAGAGCUAGAUGGAGAGCCAAAAAUGGUUUCUGUGGCAUCUGUCAGAAAGUGGUUUAAAGAUGAUGGUAUACUCAGAAACGUGAGACAUAACAUCAAUCACUUCAAAUUUAUAUCAAAUCCGUUUAAGGGAAAGACCUCUUCAACGAAAGUCCUAUUCAUUAUUUCUGAUAUCCCUGAUCCCUCCAAUCCAGGUGCCUCCGUCUAUCUGUAUGAACUUGGGAAACUGACAAACAAACAGUACUUUCAGGGUCUUCCCUUUUGAAUUGAACCAGGGUAUACUGUUAAAAGUAAGCAGAAUUUCAGAUAUAGCUGCAAGCAGCCAUUAAUUGGCCAAGCACGAGUAAGUAAAGUGAGAAGCUAAACAAGCAUGAAUAGAGAAUUAGAACAUGGUUGUGUUAUGACCCAAAAUUACCUUUGCUGCAAAAAAAAUAAAAAUAAAAUAAAAUAAAAAUGUUCUGUUCAUCUAAA